AUGGGGUGUUCCUUUGCCAAUUUUUCCAGGUAUAUCCCUUGUAAUACUAGUUUUAACAUCAAACCAUCAUCCCAGAUAUGUUUCUUCCAUUCUUGUCUUGACAACGUUAAUGCAAACCUUUCACAAUACAGAAUCAACCCAUCAUCAGUUUAUAAUGAGCUACAACUUAUUAAAUUUCGUGCUGGAAUUUUUGAACACGACACUGACCGUUUAACAAUUUGUCCUAACCACCGCUUCAACUUGCGUAAAGGAUGGAGGUCAUCAAAACUUUGUAUGAUGAAAAAAACCCUUCAAAUUUGCAAUGGUAAGAGGACAAUAGAGAGGGCCUCAGUUUCUAUACAGCAGUCCAGAGCUAUACAUGGAAAGUUUGGGAUUCUUUUUCCUGUAGGAGCUUUAUGUCAAAAAUUUAGGAGUGAUAUGGUACAUGCCAUCUGGGAAGAGGAUAACUCUCCACUAUGGCCACCUGUAAAUAAUAUUUCUGAAGAAAAUGCAAUUGCUGCGGUCUCAGAAGUGCGGGGAUAUACAUUCCACGAAGUUGCUUGUUGUGAGUUGAUAUAUCAUUUUUUGAAAAUUGUUGUAGAACAGUACCAGACUUGUUGUUGGGAAUCGGGAAUUACUGAUGUUGCAAGUGAUAGAUCAAAUAUGAGAAUAUUAGAGACAAUUGAACCUCAUAUUAGGAAAAGUAUGAAAGGCCUUGAUAACUAUGUGGCAGAGGGAGCAAAGGCAAACGCUUAUCCAGUUGUAAACAGUAUUUGA